UUAUGUCAUCUGUCCUUUACCAAAUGGCAUUUAGCAUAAGCUAUGUCCGCCAUAUGUAUUUUCAAUUUGUUUUGUUUGUGAAGUGAACUUAAUAGGCAAAAUGCCGAAAAAUAUAACUAGUGAAGUACGUGAAAUAAUUUUAAAAGUAAAAGAAUUUAUGGAUGAAGAGAAACGAAUGCAAGUUCCUAUUAUUCCUCUCAGUAAAGUGUAUGUAAGAGUAUCUGCUGCGACUGGUGUGUCAGAACGUACAGUGCUUAACAUAGUCAAAGAAGCCAGGCUGAUAGAACAGGGGCUUUUAGACCCAGAGACUUUAAAAAAGACUCCAAAAAAACGGGUACGAACAAAAGGAAAAAUAGAGGUUGACGAAUAUGAUCUACAAGUCAUAAGAAGGAAGAUACACGAAUUUUACGCAUUUAAAAAGGAAGUGCCCACAAUAAACAAACUGUUGCAAAUAUUAAAAGAAGAAAUAAACUUUAAAGGAUCCAGGGAAACAUUGAGGAAGAUUCUACGGAAGAAUGGCUUCCAAUUCAGAAAAACAAAGAACAAUAAAGAAAAAGAACCUAUUCCUGAGGCGACAACAUCAGUUCCACCCAUGGUCCCUCCUUACAUUCACUCCAUGUUUAGUCACAAGAACAUACAAUCAUAAGAUUGUAACCCUCAUAUUUAGUAUAUUAAGGGGUACAUAGACACAAUGUGGAUGAAAUGCAAUGUGAUGAAUAGCAAUGCGAAAUAUACAGUUUUGCGAAUUACUGAUUUAUCUAAAUCAAAUCAAUUUGCUUGUAUAGUAUUUUGUAAGAUUUAUGUGGAUUUUUUCCACAAGGUUUGGUUUCUUAUAAAAGCAUAUCUCAAAUGAAACUCUCUUACUUACUGUAUUAGAAUUUUUAUUACAGUUAUUGGCUAUUAUUUUAAGAGAUAUCUCAAUGAAAAGUUGCAAGGAAGUGGUGCAUAUUAUAAAACAGUAAUGUUGUACAGAUCUCUUAGUUAUAUUCUAUUAAAUCUAAGAUAUAAUUUGAUUUAUUUGAUAUUUACUCAGUAUUGAUGUUAUGUUCCAACUUUUGAUAUCAUUUUUGGGGUUGUAUAGAUAUAAGUGGAUUUUUAUAGUGUUUUGGAAUGACUCAUAGCGAAUUGUGGAAAGUUUUAUAUUUAUAUAUUAAAACUAUGUUUUACAAGGGUGUGACCAUAGAGGAAAAACUUUACAUGUACAAUAUAUAUAUGUGUUUUUAUAUUUUAAACAUAUACUACAGUGUUAAUUAGUGACUCAGUUUUGGCAAGAACAUUCUCUGAUUCUAACAUAAAUGUAUAUGAAAAUUCGCAAGUACUAUAAUUUAUACAAAGAAAAUAAUGAAUUGAAAUCGAGAAAAAACCUAGUAGCUGGGCCUUGAAAUGAAUCUCAUAUUUUGAGCAUAUGAAGCCUUAAGUAAUCAUAAGUUAGUGAUAUCUAUUUUCUGGUUGUACAAUUAAAAUUAUAAGGCUGUGCCUAUAUUGCCAUAAAAUAUACUUAUAUUGAUCUCCCAAUACAAUGAAACUUAUUUAAUGUAUCAAUUUAUAAGUAUUAAAUCGGCAACGGCUGUUGCUGGGACAUUUUUUGGCAUUGGCUGUAUCUGUGACUGAUUUACUAUUGGCCAUUCCAACUUCAUCAUGCGAAACGGAAAAUAUCGAAACUAAAUGAAUGCUUAAGUUAUUCCAUAAAAAUAUUCAGAGCUGAAUGAAAGUGAAUAGUCCCAUAUUGAUGGUUGUGUCAUUUUGUUCAGCAUAUGAAAUAGAAUGGCCGAAGACUAUUUGAAGCAAAAAAAUUUGUCUAAUUUUCACUUCAUCUCUGCAGACCAAAACUUACUGGGAGAUCAAUAUAAAUAAUCAAGUGUAUAACAUGUAUAUCCUACAAAUGUUUGUGUAGAAUAAGUGUUUAUAAGCAAUAUGAAUAAGUUGUGGUUGAAAUGAAGAUAAUUAAAUGACAGUAAAUGCUAA